AUGUCUCUUGUUGGAUUGCAGGGUUUGGAUUUAUCUAGAAACCAUCUAAGUGGAAGAAUCCCAGAAAACAUUGGGAACUUGAACCAACUUGAGUCUCUAGAUUUAUCCAAAAUGACCUUUCUGGUCCAAUUCCUCAAAGCUAACCGGUCGAAUUCCAUCCGGACGUCAUCUGCAGACAUUAGACGACCCAGCCAUUUACAUGGGAAGCAGUGGACUGACCCAGCCAUUUACAUGGGAAGCAGUGGACUUUGUGGUGAACCGCUAGACAAAAGCUGCCCUGAUGAAUCUGAUGGUAAAUCAAAUGCCGGAGAAUCGAGUGAUCAUGAGGAUGGCAAGGAGUCUUAUUUUUAUUGGUUUUAUGCUGGUUUGGGACCUGGUUUUGGUGUUGGACUCUUGGGAUUCUUCAGUGUCCAAUGUUUUAAAAAGUCAUGGCGCUAUGCAUACUUCGGAUUUCUGGAGAACUUGUUCAAUAAAGUAUGGGUAGAUAUUGCAUUGCUUAUUGAGUGA